AUGAAGACGCCCGACCAAGCGGCUGCGCUCAUCCAAGCCCGAUGGAAGGGCGUGGCGUACCGCCGAAAGGCCGCCACGUUCGAGCGGGCGGUAACGACGCUCCAGGCGCGGCAGCGCGGCCGGUACGUCCGUCGGCGCUUCGCCGAAUACAAGGGCUUCCGCCUCGAGCAGGCUGCGUUCGAGUCGGAGAGCAAGAAGCGCCGCGAGCGCAUUUGGCACCACCAGCAGCAGCUUCUCUACAUGGAGUCCAUCUCGCCCGACCAGUACGAAAAGCUCAUGGCGCUCCGGCAAGCACGCGCUGCGCGUGUCAUCCAAAAGCGCUGGAAAGACUACCGGGCGUACAAGGCCAACGCGCGCCUCGAGUGGUCGUCGACCGACGACGAAGACGACGAGGACAACGAGCGCUAUUGGAAGCAAGCGUCGGUCGCCAGCAGCACGCAGUCGUCGAUCGGACCGACGCCUGCGCCAGAAACUGCACUCGAUCCCGAGGUGUAUCUACAAACCAAGACGAGGCUCCAGCAAACGAUCAAGCAGCGAGUCCACGCGCUCGCCAAGGCGGCGCCGUGGAAGCACCCGGUACCCGAGCACGCGACCAAGGCCGAGAAGCUCCAGCUGCGCAAGCUCGCGUAUACGCGGCUGUCGGACCACGCCAAGACGACCCGCGCGCACCUCGCGCAUCACAAGAAGGAGUUCCGUGCCCUUCGUGCAGACGCCGAGCUCGAAAAGCAAGCCCUUCUCGCGCGGUGUGAGCGGCGCAUGGCGGCACUGAGCCAACCGCCGCCGCUGCCUUUGCUCGACCAAGGCGCAUCCAUAAACGAUUUUCCGCUGCCAAAGCUCCGGCGCCGGCGCCACGAAGCGCUCACGACGCACAAGGACAUUAUGACGUCACUCAAAGCCCCUCGCAUCUACGAAAUGCCGGUGGCGGGCACCCUCUACGACAUGCGCCGACACCCCGAGCACUGGCCGUACACGGACGUUGACCGCGUGUGGUGCUGGCCGCAAGAGUACGCGACGUCGCUGUCCGCGUCAGCACGCGAUGACGCGCCGGCGUCCGACGACCCGCUGGCAGUCUUUAUGGGCACGGACCCAACGCUGACCGAGCUGCCGUGGAUGGCGUUUAGCCACCAGUUGCAGGCCGAGUCGACGCCUGCCUCGUGCAGCACUCUGCCGCCGCGCCUGCACGCCUACCGUCGACAGACGACCGAUCUUGAUACGUACGGCGACGGGUUUGACGCGAGUGUGCAGGCGCAGACCAAGCACCUCGUGGCCCAAGUGAGUGCGCAGAUCCACUUCAACACGCAGCGUCGGCGACAGCUCGAGGACGAGAGCCGACGGUUGCCGCGACCGGUCGCGCCACCGCUGAGCGGAAUCGACUAUGCGCAACUGCGUAAGAGCAACAUGGCGCUGCGUAUCCAAGCCCAGUACCGUGGGCACCGUGGUCGACAAGCUGCCAACGAGAUUCGAGCCGAACAUUUCGUCAUGGUCCGCGGCCGUGCGAUUCGAAAAGGUCUCUGCGAAGAGUGCGCCGACCAAAAGGCUGUCUUGCUCUGCGAGAGCUGCGAAGAGAGUCAUCACUUCUGCCCGCAGUGCUGGGUGCACGUGCACAGCACGCGACGACGGAAGAACCAUGUCCCGAUGCCCAUGGUCGCGCCACCAAAGAUCGACCACCGCGCGCCUACAGACAGUCGUCCGCCGCCGAUCGUGACGGCGCCGCCAGAGAGACCCGUGCCACCAAGGACAGACGGGAGGGCCUCAGAGCCAAACGUCGAUACGAUGUCGGUGCCACCGUCAACCGACGCGCGGCCGGCACCACGCGUCGACGCGGCGCCAAAACUUGAGCAACCUCGAACGGUCGCCAAGCCGUGGGCAAAAAAGGCCAAGACCAGCGCGACGGCAGUCAGCGUCGAAGCGCCACCGGUGCAAUCUGCGAUGGCGCCAGCUAUGGCUACGGUACCGCAAGGCUCCGAAGCGCCAGGACCGCGCGAGACCGAGAUGCCACAUUCGACAAAGGGUUCAGAAGCUCCGAUUGCGACCACGGACGCCCAAGUCGUUGCGCCGACAGAGACAACAAGCGCGGCCAAACCUCGCGCCGGCGCUGAAAAGCCGUGGAAAAAAAAGGCCCGUUCGGGGCUCGGGGCGACGCGCUCGGUUCUGAGCACGGACGAGCCUGCUCUCGACCCUUCCGCGGACGCUGUGCCCGUGUCGACCGAGCCCACCGCCGCACCCGGUAUUGAACCAUCGCGAAAUGAUCCGCCGUCUGCUGCUACUGCCUUGGCACCGUCCAACGGGAGCACGCCGGCGGAUGCCGUGUCGUCGCAGCCUUCAGCGAUUGCCGCUGCAGACGAGAGCAAAGACAAGGCUGCUCUUAUGACAGAGACGUCCGUGGACGUUCCGCCGUCGACCGAAGGCCUAUCCAGCGCUGCGCCAGUAGAAAACACUCUAGAAGCACAGGUUGCCAACGAAUAAUGCCAUGUCAUAUGCAUACUCU